CCUGCUGCAGCACAUCUUCUCUUUUCUUAUUUUCCUUCAGUAUAAUCAGUAAAAGAGAAAGAGCUGCAGUACAUGGUUGAAGAAUAAGUAUAGGCACUUAAUGAGCACUGAAAAAUUAUUUUGGACAAUUUAAAUUUCUCUGCUUUAUUUCAUUUCAUUAAGUCAUAACUGUUUGGUUGUUCAAAGUGAAAACAAUUUAAAGAGGUAAAAAAGGAAUUUUGCUCUGUUUAAACAGUCAUGGGAGGGAGCGGGUCUUCAAAACCAUCUCCUCAGCCCGACCCACCUCCACAACCCUCUCCGCUUUUAGAAACUCCAUGGAGAGACAUAUCUUGGGGAGGCAAUAAGCAAGCUCUUCAUUACUUAAAGAGGUUUCAGCCUCAAAAUGACGAGGUAGAACAUAUCAGAGUUUUGCUCUACGGACCAGUCGGUGCGGGAAAGUCCAGCUUCAUCAACUCUAUCAACAAUGUCUUCCAAGAGAGAAUGACCCAUCAAGCUUUGACCAGUGCCAGAACUGCUGAUCAAAGUUUCACCAAGAAGUAUGUAGCCUAUAAAAUCCAGAAAGAAGGAAGAGGAAACUUUUAUCCCUUUGUGUUCAACGAUAUCAUGGGUCUGGAGGAUGGAGAUGGAAGAGGAGUCAGAGCAGAUGACCUCAAACUGGCCUUAAAGGGACAUGUGAAGGAGGGUUAUAAGUUCAAUCCUUCAUCUUCCCUUUCUGCUGGUGAUCCUUGCUACAACUCCUCCCCAUCUGUCAGUGACAGGGUCCAUGUUCUGGUUUGCAUUCAUGAUGCUAAUGCAUCACAGAUGAAGUCUUCUGUUCUACAGAAAAUGAAGGAAAUCAGAGAAGCAGCCAGUGAACUGGGUAUUCCUCAGUUGGCGAUUCUCACCCACAUUGAUGAAGCCUGCAGUGAAACGGAAAAAAACCUGAGAAACGUCUACAAGAGCAAACAUUUAAAGAAGAAGAUGGGUGACUUCAGCUCCAGCCUGGGGAUUCCAAUGAACUGCAUUCUCCCUGUGAAGAACUACAGUAAAGAGAUUCAGCUCAAUCAGGAUGUUGACACUCUAAUCCUGAGUGCACUGACACCAAUGAUUGACUUCGGAGACGACUACGCUGCAAAACUGUAAAGCCAUAGAACAGUGUGUUUAGAUAUACAUAGAAAUCAUCUGCAUUUGAUUUGGAAUGUCGGAUUUGAUUCCCAACAUUUGCAGCAUGUCAUCCAUGCAUCUCUCUCUGCCUGUUGCCUAUCUGUUUAUGUUGAAUAAAAGCCACGAGUGCCAUAAAAGGAAAUAUUUGGUAAAAUGAUAAUUGAAUACUCAAAGGAAAAAAAAUAUCACAUUGUAACUGUAAUGUUGACAAAUCAGAAAUUUGUUGGCAUGCGCAGUGCAGGUGCUUGUUGACUAUACAGGAAGUAAAUCUCUCUUUUAUGUUAUGUAUGGCAA